AUGACUCAACCAAGUCAGCAACUUCGAAUUAUUGCACAACCCAAAGCACUCUAUCGUGAGCGAUAUGACAGCGAACAAUAUAAAACUGGAAAUCGAAUUCAACGUUAUAUUCGUGCUGAAGAUAACCAGCUGAAGCUCGAAUAUCCAACUAUAGAGAUAUCAGAAGAGUGGCGUGAUGGCAUUCUACCUCAAUACAUUCGCGUGACUUCUGUUACUGUGCCGAAUGAUAUGGAAUCCAUCUUUUAUUGUGCUACUUAUGAUAUUGUAGAGAUCAUGAGUAAUUUAACUCGUCGAAAUAAAUCAAAACUAGAACUUCUUCCUGAUGAAAUUUUCUUAGAACUAUUUUCAUACAUCAAACCGAUUGAUCUUUAUCAUGGUUUUCUGAAUCUUAAUUCACGUUUAAAUAAUAUUUUAAAUGAUACUUAUAUAUGUAUACAUAUUAUUAACGAUGACGAACAUAAAAGUGAUCAAUUAUGUAUAAAUUAUUUUGCUCAACAAAUAAUUUAUCUUGCUAUUGAUUGUCAUUGGACAUGUUUAUCUUAUCCUAUAAAUCUUCGAUUCUUGACUAAUUUACGUUCACUUCAUCUACCUAUACCAAGUGAUGAGCAAUGCUUAGAUAUUACACCAACUAAUUUACCAUAUUUAACUAAUUUAACUAUAAAUGAUAAUGUAUUUAAAACAACUUUAUUUAAUAUAAAUUCAUUUCCAUAUUUUUCUACAUGUUGUAUUCCACGUAUUUAUUCAUCAAUGUUAAAUACAAUGAAAUCGAAUCAAUUAUGUUUAACAUUGCAUUCUCUUCAAUUAAGUACUUGUUUAAUUCAUGAUUUAUAUGAUAUUCUUCCAUAUUUACCAAAUUUUAAUUAUUUAGAAAUUGUUUUACAAUCAAAUAAUCGAAAUAUUCAACGAGAUUAUAUAAAACAUAAUAAAAUAUCUCAUUUAAAAAUAAAACUUCGAAAACUUGAUCCUGAUUUUGAAAUUUUACUAAAAUCAAUGUCUAAUCUUCGUCGAAUUGAAUUCUUAUGGAAUAAUUCUUAUCAAUGGUAUAAUGAAAGAAAAAAUUUUAAUUUUAAUAGAUUUUCUGAUAUAAUUAAUGAAAAUAGUAAAUCAUUACAACGUCUUGAUAUUGAUAUUCAUGUUUCAAAAUGUGAUUAUGAUAUUAAUACUAUUCAUCAUAUAAAUUUACGAUGGUUUUCAUCAUUAUCUAUUAUAGAAAUUUAUAAUGAUAGAUCAUUUUUCAUUACAACGAAAAAAAUAUCAUCGAAUCCAGAAGAUAAAUUAAUUACUACUAUAUUACAAUCAACAUAUAUGGCACAGAGAAAUGCACGUUUCAAUCGAAUUACAAUAGAUAAAAUUUAA